UGAGAGAGUAUGGUCUUAUCUCAUAGUCAGCUAUGAGACUUUUCUGACUUUAGCUCGUCUUUCGCCAUGGUUUGGGGUUUCACUACAAAUGUUUCUACAACCCCCCUCACCCCACCAAAGAGCAUCCUGAAGUAAGCUGGGCAGUUGUUUCAUCGUGCACAGUUUUUCUGACUUGUGGUUUUCUGGCACUGACGAUGUCUCUAGUUGGCACAGAUUUACGGGAACAUCUUCACCUUGUGGAUGGGACAUAAUCCUGUCAUCAUACUGAAUGGAUUCCCAACUGUGAAGGAUGGCCUGACUAUCCACUCUGAAGCCAUCUCUGGCCGCCCAACAACCCCUUUCUUUCAGAAAACAGCCGGAGGAAAGGGUAUUAUUUUCACAAGUGGUCACACCUGGAAGCAGCAGAGACGCUUCGGGCUGAUGACCCUGCGGAACCUGGGGCUGGGCAAGAAAGGCCUGGAGCACCGAAUCCAAGAGGAGGCCCGUCACCUGGUGGAGUACUUUAUGAAUGAGAGAGGAGAUCCCCUGGAUCCUUCUUUCCCCAUCGUCCAUUCGGUCUCAAACGUGAUUGCGGCGGUGGUGUUUGGACAUCGCUUUUCCAUUGAGGACAAAAAUUUCCACCAGCUGAUUGAAAACAAUGAUUACUUGGUCAAACAUGAGAACAGCAUCAUCGAGCUAGUGAGUACAUACAAGCUGUCAUAAACAUACAGCUAAGGAUAGCAUAAAAUCCCUUCUUUACCUGUAACGGGUUAAGAAG